AUGAGCUCCUAUUUUGUGAACCCUCUCUUUUCCAAGUACAAAGGCGGCGAAACGUUGGAACCAACGUACUAUGACUGCAGGUUCCCUCAAAGCGUCACCCGGAGCCACGCGCUGGUGUACGGUGCGGGAGCGGCGGCGCCAGGCUUUCAGCACCCGCCCCAUCACGUCCAAGACUUCUUCCACAAUGGGACGCCGGGGAUCUCCACACCAGGCUUCCAGCAGAAUCCAUGCGUCUUGGCUUGCCAUGGAGAUGCUACAAAAUUUUAUGGAUACGAAGCCCUUCCGAGACAAACGCUUUAUGGCACCCAACAAGAGUCGAGCGUGGCGCAAUACCCAGACUGUAAAUCGUCAAAUGGCACUAACCUCGGAGAAGGACAAGGCCACCUAAAUCAAAACCCGUCUCCUAGUCUCAUGUUUCCAUGGAUGAGACCGCACGCCCCCGGAAGACGCAGUGGCCGACAGACCUACAGUCGAUACCAAACACUUGAGUUGGAGAAGGAAUUUCUCUUCAACCCUUACCUCACCCGUAAGCGUCGGAUCGAGGUGUCUCACGCUUUAGCGUUGACGGAGCGGCAGGUUAAGAUUUGGUUCCAAAACCGACGGAUGAAAUGGAAAAAGGAGAACAACAAAGACAAAUUUCCGGGCCAAAGAGGAGAGAUGGAGGCGGAAGGAGAGGCAGAGGGCGAGGGUGAGUGCGAAGAUGAAGGCAACGAUGACGGUGAAGGAGAAGAAGGAGACAAAAAGGAAACUGGAGAGGAAGAGGACACAAAAGAGUGAUUUGAAUUUCUCUUUUUUAUGAUUACAUAGCUUAAAGUUGAAGAUGGUAGAGAGAGAGAGAGGCCCGGAAAAUUGAAUUGAGAGAGAGCGAGAUCACAUUUUAUGACCACCGUUUAAUUGAGUUAAC